AUGAAGAACUGCAAGAGAAAAUCAAAUCAAAAAUUGGCUGAAGAAGCUUCUUAUGCCAAGGAAUUGGCCUCUGCUGCAGCUUUUGAAUUGAAGAAUUUGGCUAGUGAAGUCACCAAGCUCUCAUUACAGAGCGCAAAACUACAAAAAAACAGUAGUGACUUAAGACCCGGUCGUAAGGGUCUACUCUCCGGCCAAGCAAAGGAAGUUUCAGGAAUAACCUAUGAUGACUUUGACUUGGAAGGAAACAACGUGAAGGUCACUCUUGAGGAUGCCUUGGCUGAAAAGGAACUUGUGGAAGUUGGACGUAGGAAAAAGGUUGAUGAGGCAAAGAAAAUGGAGACAACUUUGGAAAAUGACUUAGCAAACAUGUGGGUUCUUGUUGCUCAGCUUAAGAAAGAAGCGGAACCAGUCACCAACUCAAUUACUAAUGAAAGGCAUAAUGAUGGAACAAGCCAUGUAGAUGAUGGAACAGGAAUAAUGGUUUUGGAUGUUACAAAAUUAGCUCUCAGCAUUCUCAAGGGAGAACUACUCUUUGUUCGUCUAAGGUCUCCCUCUCUGACUGUCAGUGUGCACAUAUGA